UAGAGGAAGAAGGACAGGGAAGCUUAUGUUUGGAAUAUGGAGAAGGUUUCUACCAGUUCCACAAACACAAGGAAGAGAAACGAUUUCCUUAAUAUGAUCAGGAGUGUUCCUUGUCUGAAUUCAUCAUCAUCUGACACCGGGAAAGGGCGGAGCAAGUCGUCGAGUAACAGAGUCUCACAUGGAUUCCACCUGGUGGAAGGAAAAUCAGGUCAUGACAUGGAGGACUACCAUGUUGCGGAGUACAGGAACAAAAAGAAUCACGAGCUUGGAUUGUUUGCCAUCUUCGAUGGGCACCUUGGAGAUCGUGUGCCAAGUUAUCUGAAAGAUAACCUUUUCAACAACAUACUUGAGGAGCCAAAUUUUUGGAAAAACACCGAGACAGCAAUAAAGAAUGCUUACCGCUCCACAGAUAGAUUCAUUCUUGAAAACGCAACUCGGUUGGGGCCUGGUGGUUCAACAGCAGUUACUGCAAUUGUUAUGGAUGGUAAAGACUUGUGGGUGGCAAACAUUGGGGACUCCAGAGCUGUCUUGUGUGAAAGGGGCUGUGCAAAUCAGCUCACUGUGGAUCAUGAACCACGCACUGAACGGAGAAGGAUUGAGAAGCAGGGUGGUUUUGUGACUUCUCUUCCUGGAGAUGUGCCCAGGGUUAAUGGCCAGCUUGCAGUUGCACGGGCAUUUGGGGACCAAAGCCUUAAGGCCCAUUUGAGCUCAGAGCCUGAUGUAAGACAUGUAAAUAUUGAUUCAACUAUAGAGUUUGUUAUAUUGGCAAGUGAUGGCUUAUGGAAGGUCAUGAAGAACCAAGAGGCUGUUGAUUUGGUAAAAUCUGUUAAAGAUCCUCAAGCGGCAGCUAAACGUUUGACCAUGGAGGCAUUGGCUAGGAAGAGUAAAGAUGAUAUAUCAUGCAUUGUGAUCCGUUUUGGGUCUUAAAGCAAAUUGUGCCUGUAAUUUUGGAGGUUGCUGGUGUAGUCGGUCUGUGUACUGUCCUAUUCUGUGGAUUGGGACCAGAUAGGGUGGCUCAUCAGUUCUAGGUGUCAGUAGUAGAUUCUAUGUCCUCUUCCUGGUCAAUGUCGAGGUAACCUAUUUAUUUUGCAGAUUCCCUUGCAGCUUGACCAUCAUAUUGUCAUUCUAGUGCAAUUUUCUGUGUCGUGACUACAGUGAAACGACCACCUAUAUGUUAUCGAAGGUAGAAAAAGUCCACCGUUAAUCCAUGACCUGCCCAUGAUUGGGUUGGGUGCUGAUAAACUUGGGCUGAUUCUUCUUUCUACAGGCAAACCUAGUAGAGAUGAUUUCUUUUGUACUGUGGCUGUAUAUAAAGAUAUGUAUAUUUACAGA